AUCCUCUUGACGGUCUUUUAUCCAAACCUGAUAAGAACUGAUGCAACUAAGAGGCUUUUUAUUCUCAAUUAAAAUGCCUGAAUCUGAAAGUGAAAUUUGAUUUCACGGCUGUGACGCGCGUAAUUAGAAGGUUCCGUUACCGCCAUCAAUAGUUGCGGUGUACAGUUAGAUUGUGAAUCAAGCUUAUCAGAACCCGAAAGAAAUGAACCGAGGAUUAUCUGAUCCUAACGCCAAAAAUCACAUACAAGCAAAAGAUUCAGUCCUUUGUAAUGAAAUCUCUACAUCACUAAGUGAAUUUAAAAAGUAUUUAGCUGAACAAAAAAAGCAUCGAGAGGAGUUAUCUGCUUUAUCCUAUGAUCAUUUAAUUAAUUUACGUGAUGAAUUGAAGAGCUUACAUCAGUUAGUGUCUUCAUCAAUAUCUGGUCUACGUCACACAGCUACGGCUAUUUCACGCUUAAAAACAGAUGUGUUAAAAGAAGAGAAAAAUGCUGAAAUAGCGCAUAAAACAUCUGAUCAUGGAUUAAGUGGUAAAGGGGAUAGUAGUGAAAUAUCAAGUUAUUUUAUGAAAAAAAUCUCUGAUUUCGAUACAAGAAUUCGUCUAUAUAAAAAAGAAUUAGAAGUAUUUGAAGAGAAUGUUUAUUCACAACAGUUAAACCCAUUGACUCCACGAGAUCUUCUCAAUGUCUUACAACGAAUGGAUCAUGAUUUUAUUGGCCUGGCUGCUCAGUUAUACACUGUUUAUGAGAAUAUGAAAACACUAAAAGCAGACUACUUAAAACAAUAUCGUAUUCAUUAUGGAUCAGCUCGUAAUCCUUUUGGUGAUAAUGAUGAUGAUUUAUAUUUCAAGAGUGAAGGAGAAGUUGACAAUUUAUUCGGUACAAGUGUAACUAAGGGGAAAAAAGGCUCAUCUUUUGUAACACCCUAUGGUCCUUCACCAUUUCCAACAUCUGAUAUAUCUGUUACAUCAAAUUCUACUAUUGGUGGUACAGAGAAAACUACAGUCGUUCCAUCCACUUCUGUUAUUUCAUCAAGUAAUCCACAAUUAGGUCAACAAUUUGGAGCUUCUACACUUAGUAGUCAACCUGCAUCGUCUUUUCUUGGACAAUCUGGAGCCUUGAGUACUGCUACAUCGAAUGCAAAUGUUGCAUCAUCAACAGGUCUUGUAAAGCCAACCUUUGGAUUCUCAUCCACUACUACAAGUUUACCAUUGUUUGGUCAAACUAGUGGUAUAGGUUCACUAGGCGGUAGUGGACUUACCAACACUAUUGCUGGUGGUAGUAUCGGAGAUAGUCUAUUUGGAAAGAGACUAGCAUCAUGACGAAGGGUAUAUAGAAACUGUAUAAUUUCUCUGUUGUACACUUUCUACUAAUUUCAACUUCAAUAUAUUUGUGUAUUACAAUACUCAUUGUAUAUAAGUUUUUUUUUAAUAAGAAUUAUUAUUGUGUAAAGCAUAAAAGUGUUCUAACAUCAUUUGCUUCAAUAAUACAUACGCAAAAGCCCUAGACUAGUGAAUUCUAAUUGCAAAAAUAUUCAUUUAGACAUCUAUAAAACACAAAAAUGAUUGAGCAAAGAAUAUUCUUUUCGAUAAAUUCCUCUUCUGACUCUACAAUUAUAUAUAUAUAUAUAUAUAUAUAGAAUAUUCUAGAUUAGUAGUCAAUAACAAUAUUUGCGUUUUUUUAAAUAAUAUUGAUUUGUCAAUUAAGAUCAAUGCAAUU